UAGAAUAUAGUCUGCCGUGGAUCGUCGGACCGUUCAGUCUUUUUGUGUCGUUCAGUAUCAUCCGAUUCGUGUGAUCGACAGCACAGCCGAAUUUUUUUUCUUUUUUUUCUAAUUCCUUGAAGUAACCAAAAACACAAAUCAAAAUGGCUGAUGAUGAGGCUAAGAAGGCAAAACAGGCUGAGAUCGAGCGCAAGCGUGCUGAGGUGCGCAAGCGCAUGGAGGAAGCCUCCAAGGCCAAGAAGGCCAAGAAGGGUUUCAUGACCCCAGAGAGGAAGAAGAAACUCAGGUUGCUGCUGCGUAAGAAAGCCGCUGAGGAGCUGAAGAAAGAACAGGAACGCAAAGCGGCUGAACGUAGACGCAUCAUUGAAGAACGUUGCGGCAGUCCCAGGAAUCUCAGCGAUGCCAGCGAAGGCGAAUUGCAAGAGAUUUGCGAAGAGUAUUACGAGCGUAUGUAUAUUUGUGAAGGCCAGAAAUGGGAUCUGGAAUACGAAGUCAGGAAAAAAGACUGGGAGAUCAACGAUCUCAAUGCCCAAGUUAACGAUCUUCGCGGCAAGUUCGUCAAGCCAGCCCUGAAGAAGGUCUCCAAAUACGAAAACAAAUUCGCCAAGCUGCAGAAGAAGGCCGCUGAGUUCAACUUCCGCAACCAGCUCAAGGUGGUGAAGAAGAAGGAGUUCACGCUGGAGGAGGAGGAGAAGGAGAAGAAACCCGACUGGUCCAAGGGCAAGCCCGGUGAUGCCAAGGUGAAGGAGGAGGUUGAGGCCGAAGCUUAAGUGUCCACACGUCCACUAGUGUCCACUGACCCGUGACUCCCGCCCUAAACAAUAAUUGAAAUUAUUUACAAUACAACAAUUAUCUGAAGCAAUACCAAUUUAUAUAAAUCUAUUUAAAUAUAUAUCUACAAAUAAUAUAUAUAUUUGUAUGCAUGUAUAUAUCUCGUCAUAUAUAUGUGUGUCACUAUGGAUUUGAACAGAUUGAAGUCAAUAAACAGCAACAACAGCAACUGAACAACUAAA